AUUUUAUUGUUAAACAUAUCUAAUAAUAGUGAAAAAUUAAAGAGGAGUUUAUAAUCGAUAUAAAUGAUUGUAAACUUUUGGGUCAAAAUUUAGGAAAGAAUAUCUAAAAAAAAUGGGUUUAGAAGUUGUUUAAGUGUCAUCAACUAUAUGAAAAAUGAAAUAAAUUAUCCAGUAUAAUAAUUCAUGUAUAAAAAGUCUAAUUAAAAAAGAUAAAGGAGAAACAAGAAAGGAGAGAUGCCCAAAUAUAUUUUAUAAAAGAAGCAACCACACAUCUAAAAGCUAUAAGGUAUUUUAUAGAAAAAAAUCUAGUGCCUCAGAAUGACAGAGUGAUAGGUUAAAGAAAACAAUCAAUUAUGUGA